AUGAUUGACGACUGCCAACAGAGAGUUGCCCUAGGUAUGGUAGUCGCAUUCGCGGUUCUUAGUGACAUUGUAAUUGUUCGAAUGUGGAGCCGAUGGCUAUCACGAUCGUCUGUAACAAGCGGUAUGGAAUCGAUCGGUACUAGACUUGCGCUAUUAGAAGUUCUAGCCAGAUUCCUUCUGAAUGGCUAUCAGAUAUCAAAGUCAACUAUGUCGGCAUUCACGUUUGAGACACCCCUAAAGACCGUAAUACCAGACUUGGGCUGGAGGUCAGUCUAUAUCACACCCCCCAGACUGACAACAAAACAGUGGAAUUUCGCAAAUCAGAACCUCUACAAUCCAGCCUUGGCCGCAGUAAAAAAUAUCAAUCUUGUUAUUCCUGCGCCGACUCGGGUGACGCUCGCGCGCGGUCAAAUACCUCAUCUGAAGCUCCAUCGCCAUCAUAAUCUGCCUUCUUAUCACCGUCCUUAUUGUCGACGUCUUCCAACACCAGCCAAUACAGUACGUCUACUACCUGAGCAUCCCGGGCGGCAAAUGAAUCAAUCAAGACGUUAUUCUACGUCUCAACCGCCGCGUUAA